AUGUCCAACAACAAGAGAAUUGCAUUGCCCGCCAGGGUUGAACCAAAGGUGUUCUUUGCCAACGAAAGAACGUUCCUUUCGUGGUUGAACUUCACCGUCAUUUUGGGAUCCUUGGGUGUUGGUUUGUUGAACUUCGGAGACCAGAUUGGUAGAGUCAGCUCGGGAUUAUUUACAUUCAUCGCCAUGUUGACAAUGGUCUAUGCUUUGAUUACUUAUCACUGGAGAGCCAAGGCCAUCAGAAUGAGAGGUCUGGGUCCAUACGAUGACCGCUUUGGACCCACCAUGUUGUGUAUUUUCCUUUUGGUUGCCGUUGUCGUCAACUUUGUGUUGAGAAUCCGCGGUUAG